AUGCGUGAAAAAGGCCUCACUAACUUUUAUUUUCAACUAGACGGCGCACCUUGCCACACCGCAGUUGCUACGAUGCAGUUUUUGCAGCGCAAGUUCCCGGGACACGUUGUGUCGAAAAAUGGUGAUUUGGAGUGGCCGCCUCGUUCUCCAGAUUUAACCGUACCUGACUUUUUCCUUUGGGGCUAUUUAAAAAGCAAAGUUUAUGUCAGCAAGCCGAAGACAAUCGACGAAUUAAAAGGUAACAUACUGGCCGAAAUAGCUGCUAUAACGCCUGAAAUGCUGGCCAAUGUUAUGCAGAAUGCGCGAAAAAGAGCUGCUUUUUGUGUAUCAAAUGAAGGUGGUCAUUUAAUCGACGUUGUAUUCUAAACCUGGUUUGAAAUAAAUGGCAUGAAAUAUCCUAAAUAAAUCUUGUUCAUUUGUCAAAAUCUGAUAAUUACCGACAGAGUUAUUCAACUU